CAGCUGUUUGUGGUUCUCUAGUUUCUCACAAUCUUCAUCUUCAGAGCAAGCAUGGAUGCCUUUGAGCCUACGACUACCCUGUCAUCCGACUGACAAACCCGGGAUAGGCGAGAGUACAAGGAUCUUUUCGUGGUUACUUCAGGAUUUAAGAAGGCUUUGGUACCCUUUAAAUUUGAAAUAGUUGUUCUAACUAUAUUAAAUUUCUGAGUUAGACAUGGAGGUGCCGAAAUAUUUCUGGAAAGUUCUACCUCCUUUACAGAGUCAAAGGAAUCCAAAACUUCCGGCUCUUCAUCCAUGAACACAUUGUUGAGGUAUCCUUCAGGAGUAUUAACAGUGAUGUAAGACUUUGAAUGGACAUAAGUCUCAUCAAUGAUGAACUUAAAUUGUCACCAGUUGGUGAUAGCGACUUUAACCUCAAAGAUCCGCUUCUCGGGGCAGAACCUCAUAGGAAUUCUCUGUUGCCAAGGUAUUUUGGUGAAUUCCCCGACCAAGUAAGCUCUGUUGCUGGAGUCUCCAAAGUCCUUAAAGGUGAUCAGCUUAAGAUCUUUCCUGAGAUGUUUUCUUCACCUCCAACCUCUGAAGUGUUUACUGAUAAGUAUUUGAGCUUUGACCAUCAAUUUGGACAAGCAGGAUACGAUAAUAGAAAGUUUUUGUUGUUUUAUUGAUUGUUCCAUUUUGAUUAUUAUAAUUAA